GGGAGGAGGCGGCGGGUACGCCAUUUUGAAAGUGGAGAGAGGGGUGGUAGAGCGAGAGAGGGAGUAAGAUAGCGGGCGGAAAGCAGCUGUGCGCCGGGUUUACAAUCCACCUCCAUCCUCAUUGAGAAACGGCAUCUACAUCUCACAGUGUGGCCCAGCUGGAAAGAGUAGGCCACCACCAUUUACAGGCAUACCAUUAAACACCAUGGCAGGAGCUGGAGGUGGAAGCAAUGAUGUACAGUGGUGCUUCUGUCAGGUCAAAGGUGCCAUUGAUGAUGAUGUUGCUGAAGCGGACAUAAUUUCAACUGUGGAGUUCAACCACUCUGGAGAGUUGUUAGCAACAGGUGAUAAAGGUGGGAGAGUUGUCAUCUUUCAACAGGAACCAGAGAAUAAGAACCAGCCACAGUGUAGAGGUGAAUAUAAUGUUUACAGCACCUUUCAGAGUCAUGAGCCAGAGUUUGACUAUCUGAAGAGUUUAGAAAUAGAAGAAAAGAUCAACAAGAUCCGGUGGUUGCCCCAAAAGAAUGCAUCACAGUUCCUGUUGUCCACAAAUGAUAAAACCAUAAAACUGUGGAAGAUCAGUGAACGGAAGAAAAUGCCAGAAGGUUACAAUCUUAAAGAGGAGGAUGGACGGUACAGAGACCCCUCUACAGUCACUACAUUACGGGUGCCGGUGUUCCGGCCAAUGGACCUCAUGGUUGAAGCAAGCCCAAGGAGAGUUUUUGCCAAUGCUCAUACAUACCACAUCAACUCUAUUUCGGUCAACAGUGAUUUCGAAACCUACCUGUCUGCUGAUGACUUGCGCAUAAAUCUGUGGCACCUGGAGAUCACAGAUCGCAGCUUUAAUAUUGUUGACAUCAAGCCUGCCAAUAUGGAGGACCUAACAGAGGUGAUAACAGCUGCAGAAUUUCAUCCUAACCAUUGCAACACAUUUGUGUACAGUAGCAGCAAAGGUACAAUCCGAUUGUGUGAUAUGCGAGCUGCUGCACUGUGUGAUAAACACUCAAAAUUGUUUGAAGAGCCAGAGGAUCCCAGUAAUAGAUCGUUUUUCUCAGAAAUCAUCUCAUCAAUUUCUGAUGUCAAAUUUAGUCAUAAUGGGCGCUAUAUGAUGACAAGGGACUACCUGUCUGUGAAAAUUUGGGACCUGAAUAUGGAGACGAGACCAGUGGAGACUUAUCAGGUGCACGAAUACCUCAGGAGUAAGCUAUGUUCUCUCUAUGAAAAUGACUGCAUUUUUGACAAAUUUGAAUGCUGCUGGAAUGGAAAUGACAGUGUGGUAAUGACUGGCUCCUACAACAACUUCUUCCGAAUGUUUGAUCGUGGCCAAAAGAAGGAUGUGACACUAGAAGCAUCACGGGAGAGCAGCAAGCCACGAGCAGUACUAAAACCUCGCAAGGUGUGUGCAGGUGGCAAGCGUAAAAAGGACGAAAUAAGUGUUGACAGCCUGGACUUUAAUAAGAAGAUACUGCACACUGCCUGGCACCCCCAGGAGAACAUCAUUGCAGUAGCAACAACCAACAACCUUUACAUAUUUCAGGACAAACUGAACUAACAAAUAUAUACCCAUCUCUGUCUGCAAGGAAGAGAAAAGGAAGACGCAACAAACAUGGAAAAUAAAGUCUGAGAGUGCAUCUUUUGCCUCCGCCAAUAUAGCAGAGUUUGUAGCCUUUGUACUUUCAGGAGAAGGGGAAGGGGCAUUUCCCAGCAGGUCACACUUUCCCCAGUAUUUUCAUUUUGUGCCAUUUGUUUUUCAAUAUUUUUGGGGCUACAUGGUUGUAUGCUGAUAUUGGCAUAAUUCUGUGUUCCUCAGCCACCCACCUUUUCUGUGCAAAACAUAUGUUUAAGCAUAGUGGCCACUUUAACAGCAUCUUUCUCUACAUGUUCUAUUAUCACAACAAACUAUAAUGUCCCAAAUAGCAGUGUUUCCAGUGGGGCCAGCUAGGUUUUUAAGACUAUAGUGGAGCAUCCUGGAUAAUAUUGCUUCUUCUGCCUUGUAUUUGUGACCAUUUCAAACGUUAACUGAUUAAAAGGCCUCUAGCUUUGCUUUUCAUUGAUUUGGUCCACAGAGUAUGCUCAAAAAACAUAAUCAUGUCUUCACCUCAGAAUAUGGUACCUCAGCAUUUCUUUGUUUCAGAAAAUAAGGGAGUGUGGUUAGUUCCUGUUUUACUCUGCAUCUGGGGUUAUAAAAUGUCUUACAGUGGCCCUUUUUCUUUAGAUAUGUUUAAUAUUAAUUUCACACAACCUGGAGACAUCUGGAGACCCUUUUUUCAUUUUGAUGUGAUUAAAACCAGCCUUAAGGAUGUCUAUAUACUUGAGCCACUGUUUUGUACAGGGCAGUGUUGUGUCCUGUGCUAGACUUGCACAUUUUUGGAGCAGUGCUCCAAGAUUUUUAUUUUCAGUGAAUUCUGUUUUUGGAUUAUUACAGUAUUUUGUGAGAAAUGCCACACAUACAUAAACAGUUUGAUCUCAAUGCUGCUAAGAGUAUAAUAAGACAAAUGUGUUGAUGCUGGUAAAAGAGGCAGCCACCCUCCAUGUAUCAAACUGUUUUUGGGCAGAGUAGUGAUAUGAACUGGUAUCACCGUCAUUGAGCAGAAAUGGGAAACACAUGUUUUGUUCAUCCCUCCUUGUGUGCAUGAAAGUUUUAAAUCUGUAAGGUUAUUUCUUGCAUUGAAAUGUUUAACCCCAUAUACAUAAUAUACAUUGCUUCCACAAGUUUAAGAUUUUGGUUAUAGAUAGUACUUGUUAAUCUGAAAAACUUUGUAGAAUCAUGUCAUCCUGCUUAAACUAAAGCACAAAUUACAUGAGUGAAAAUUUUAUUGGUCUGUAAAUUUAGAUAUCUUGCUGAUUUGUUUUUCCAGAAAUGAGAAAAUCAAUAGAUGCAGGAUGCCAUUAUCCACUGCCAGUGAGCCUUUCAGCAGUAAUCUAUCAUUUUGUUGUAGUCUAAUAAUUUUAGGGGCCAAUCAUGUAACUAACUAUAACUAUAAAAGUAUUUGUAAUGUACUGAAAACAGUAAUUCCUUUUUAUUUAUGUAUUUAUUUAAACACUAUUUUAUUGCUGGAAUCUAAACAGUUUUGUUAGAAUUUGAAAAGCUAUCCACUUGCUUCAUAAUUUGGACCCUUUAUUUUAUUUACAUGUGCUAGUAUGUUUGGUUUUUUUUUCCAUUUCAGGAAACUUUGUCAUUGUUGUGAGCAGAAUACUGCAGCCACAGGCCCAGUUACCAAAAAAAAAAAACACAGAAAUAGGUUUAUUGCUUCUCAUACUAUUGUAUCUCAUAAUGCCAGUACCCUGGUUUUAUGAGUCAUUUGACUACCUCUUCUUUGGUUCACAUUCAGACAUCAGCAGACUUGAGGUGCUGAUCAACAGCAUCAUAAUCCCUUUUCCUCAGAAACCUGUGCAGCUGCAUGUGCAAGUCAUAAACAAGCACAAAUAUGUUGCAUAACACACUUGUUUUGUAUUAUGUUUUUGAUCACAGUGAAGGUUUGUAUACAUUAAUGUUAAUAUAUCAUAUUAGUGAUUCCAACAUGCAGUCUCACUUGUGAUUAUGUACUGGAAUCUAUUCAUUUGCUACUGUGGGACUAUCCUGUAAUUUUCUGCUUAGAAACUUGUUUAUUUUGCUAAAAGAAGACUUUGCUUCAAUUGCAUUUAUUGUCUUUCUCAAGGCCAAGCUCCAGGUUAAAGAGAUGUGUCCCAAACAGUAAUUUAUAACAGAGGUGAGAGCUUACAGAAAUGUAAGUUAGAGACAAUUAGAAAGUAAAUAAAUUUACAAACAUUUAAAAAAUGGCUGUGGCUGUAGAGUUCUCCCAUUGUAUCUUGCACUUAGCUGCUGAAUCUGUACAAAUGCAAACACCUGAAAUUGAAGCACAUGCAACUUGUAAUGCUAAGUCUGUGUGCAGAUCCUUUCUUAGAGUUUACAGAAAUAUUUGCUGCCAACUACCCUACUGAUAAGCAGAUUGAGUUACUGAAGUGUAAGAAAGUACUUUUUUUAAUUACCUUUUAAUAUGUAUAACAAGACUGUUUUCUCAGGACACAGCUGAGUAUCUUUCUUUUGUUGUCACUAGAGUUGUGCACCAAAUCGCACAAUGCUUUUGUGCGUUUUUCAGGGAACAGGAUGUAUGUAUGUGUAUCUCUUCUACAGCAUAUUUCUCAAAGUUAAGAUACAAGAAUGACCUUGCCUUAUAAGGAUUGUUAUUUUAAUGAUAAUGACUCUGGCAGCAUUUAUAGCCUUUAUUUUGAAGAUGGGCUUAAUAUGUUUUAAGUAUUACAUUAUCCCUGUUGAGGAUAGGAACUCAAAAUCUUCACCUAGCUUUACGGAGAAGUUGCAUAAAGAAUGUGACUAGAUUCCUAGUUUUUUGACUGGGAAAAGCUCUUUAGAAUGAGGAGGUGGAAUAGCAUGUUUACAUUACAGAAUUUAAACUACUUUAACUGCCAUAUGCUGUCUAAGGACAACUCAAAGCUUUGUUUAACAAAGGAAACGUGUAUUAAAAUGGAAGGGAAAGGACAUUAGUUCACUGUUUGGUGUAGACAUUAUUUGCACUUUUGCCAUUGCAUCCUGUAUGCUUUUGCAAGGCAUGAAUAUGUUACUUCAAAGUUCAUAUAACAAUAAUGAACAAAAGCUUGUUUUGCACCAUCUGAAUUAUUGAUUUAAUAUUCCAAGCUUCCCUGUUUUUUCCCUAUACUGUAAUACACUAUGAAAUUUGCAGGUUAUGUGCAGAUACUGUAUGUAGAGUUUUCUGCAAACUAAAGUAAGUUUGUUUUAAAGCUUAAAUUUAGCAAAGAGACACUGCUUCCAUUCUACAUCACUCUUGAUGUAGAUCAUGUAGUUUCAUAUUGCACAUCUGUGGUAUAUCUGAACUCUGAAACAUAAUAAGUUACCAAAAUCACUCAUUUUUUAUCACCUUUCUCUGUCUUAUCUUUCAAACAUAUAUACUUUUUCUUCUCGGUGGAUAAAUAGCGAACAUGCUAAUGUGGAAUGCGGCUGAUGUUGUGCACACACUUGACUCUUCCAUGUUUUCCAUUGUCAUAUUCCAAAUUUGAUUUCAGUCUUCAUGAAUGUGAAGUUAAAUUAUUUUUGCAAGCAAAGCACUGUAAAUCUUUUCAUAAAUUCUGGCACAUUCUAAGAACUCAAAAAGCAUUCAAACAUUGUAAACCAUUAAAAGCUGCAUUUGAAAGGGCUUGCUGCCCAGACCUCUCCCCAUCCUUAUAAAGAAUGCCAGUUCUGAAUCUCUCAAGUCAAACCGAAUGUAUAUCAUACUUCUCUGUCCAAUAAAAAGUGUUUUGCCCCUUUUUCAUCAGAACCUUACAAGUGAAAUCAGAAACUGAUGCAGUACCUUGGCAAAGGGGUUUGUUUUUCUUAGUCUGUCCAUGCUGUUUCUUUUAAAGGGAUGAUCUGUGAUGUUAAUUUAUCCCGGUGUUUUAACAACUUUAUUUGUAACCUGCGUCUAACUGCCUCUGGUACAACUGGGCAACAAUGAACUACUGAAUAAAACUGGUGACAAAUGGUG